AAAUGAGUCAAGUCAUUACGAACAUUGACUCGGAAAGCUCCAAGGGAGAAAUAGCCGAGACGUCUUUCCAUCAACAACAACAACAUCAACAGAGGAACGAAUCUUUACUUUCAUCAGAGAAUAAUAAUAACGAAAAUUCUUCAUCCUCCUCUUCAACAACGAGUACAGCUGAACAAACUUCAACAAUGAACAGUGAGAAUAAGAUCAAUUCUUCUUCUUCUGCGGCAACUCAGGGACCUCCUCCUUCGAGAGGAAGGGGAGGUAGAAGUGGAACGAUCUUGAGAGGAACAGCCCCUUUCUUAUCAACCACCACUACUUUAGAAAAUUCCAACACAUCUCCAUCAACAACUAUUGAACAACCAUCAACAACCUCCUCCUCUGCUACAGAACAACCUAUUUCUACUUCUACCAGUGCUGAAACAAUUGUAACAUCAGUCGAUAAUGUUCAAACUAAUCCAACAAAUAGUGGUGAUGAAUCGAAACCUGCAGCAACUAUUCUUGAUGUUAUUAAUGAUGAUGAAGCAUUAUUUAAAUUAGCACAAGAAAGAAAUAGAAAUAGAAAGAGAGGAAAUCCAAGAACUGCUCAAAGACACGAUUCUCAAGCAAGUAAAAUUGAAGAGAAUGACUGGUUGACAGCUGGUUAUUGUGAAUUUCAAGGCACUCGUCCAUCAAUGGAAGAUGCUUUAUACUGUAACAUGUCAUUUAGAUCAUUUACAAGUGACAUGGGUGUUUUAAACGAAACUUGUAUUGGUUUAUUUGAUGGUCAUGGUGGUUCAAAAGCCUCAAAGCAAGCAUCAGAAAUUUUACAUUCUGUCUUCCUUGACAAGUUGACAAAAUAUGAAAAUUUAUUAACAAGAUAUUUUGAAGAUUAUAAUUCUAGAGCUUUAAUUAGAGAGGAAGCAAAAUCAUUAACCAAGUUAUUGAGGAAACAUUUUAUGGAAAAAGAAGCCGAACAAAAACUUUCUGAAGAAAGAGCUGUGGAACAGUUUGAUAUUUUGAGAAUGUCAUCAGUUGAUGCUAUUCAAAUAAUCAUUAGGGAAUCAUUCCUUGAGGCUGACGAACUUGUUUGUGAGCAAAAUAGUGUAGAUGGUUCAACAGCAACUUUAGUGUACAUGCCAACCCGUGAUUCUAAAUUCCUCUUUGUGGGAAAUGUAGGAGAUUCCAGAGUUGUACUAUGUCGAGAUGGUAAACCAAUUACUCUUACAGUUGACCACAGACCUUCAGAUAGUGAUGAAAGAAGACGUGUAAGGGAUGCUGGUAAAUCAAUAAUUAAUAAUCGUAUCAGUGCUUGCCUUGCUGUUUCUAGGUCUAUUGGUGAUAAAACUUUCCAUCCAGGUGUAAUUUCUGAUCCUCAUACACAAGCCAUAAGAUUGUGUGAAAAGGAUGAAUUUAUGAUUAUUGCUUGUGAUGGUGUUUUUGAUUUUGUUUCCGAGGAAGAAGCUGUAAGAGAAAUUAGAGACGAAACUAAUCCAAUUACAGCCAGUACUAAACUUAGAGAUUAUGCUUUCAAUAAGAAGGGAAGUAACGACAAUAUUAGUGCCAUUGUUGUCAGAUUUAAACGACCAUAACUUAUUAACACAAUUUUGAAUUAAUAUCGAUUUUUAAUGUAAAAUAAACCUCUCCUAUUUAUUGCU